GCACUGAUACCGUAUUUUCUCGAUAAAAUCAUUUCACAUCUACGAUAAAGUGCCUUCAUUUUUUGAUACCUCAGUUGGAACAUUAUCUGCAGAAAGAGUCACCUGCAUAUUUUGAUGAUAUAUGUGAUUUCUGCAUAAUUGUGCAACCGCAAAAAUCGUGAUAACUAAUCAUGGAUGAUAGGGGCCCUCAUGAGGGGGCCCCUGUAGGACCCCUGGAGAUUCCCCUGUUCGACAAAACUCGCGAUCUCCCUGAGAUAUGGACGACAAAUCCUACGACUUCCAUUGAUCAACGAAAAAAUCCCAAUCGCCUGCUCUUCCUCACUGUCGAGUUCGCUGAAGACCAAUCCAAGGACUUCUCCAGGAUGUUUUCCUACGAACAAGUCUCAUUCUCUCCAAGAGCAACAUCACCACUUUCUGAUUUUGAGCAUCGAGUCAGUCCACUGGAUCCCAACAUGAGCUCAACGGCUAGAUAUUCACCUACACCUGUUCAAUUGCCAUCAUUACCCUUUCAAAAUUCAGUUGUUGUCCUGCAGAAUCCAUCAUCACCAUUGAUGAUACCUGCUGAGAACAAUCAACGUACUAAUAUGAACUUCAUCGAGUCGCAGGGUAAUAGUACGAAUAUCGAGGAGGGAGAGGCUGAAAGUGUUUCAGAUUUUGUCGGUGAUGGAAGUCAACAGGGAAUUGCUGCUGAUGUCACUGAGGAAUUAAUUCUGAUGCAAGGAACAAGUGCAGAGCUCGAGACAUCAACAGCUCCCCUCCUCCUCUCGGGCCUCCCAGGUACGGACUUCGCGUUGACCCGUGAUUUCCUAGUGAUGAACGACGACCAAUUAACUGUAAUAAACUCCCUCCGACCCCAGCCCCCUGAAGAUCCCGCAGUUGUCCCCGAGUUGUCCAGCCUCUCCAACCCCAAAAAGGACUCCCUCUCCUCCUCAAUGAUGUACUCUCCCCUUCACCCUAAAAAACCGCUACCAGAGCCGCUGGGAGACCUUCCCCUGACCCCUGAAAAUCGAAGUACAAAUUCCAAAAGACAAAUAACCGAUAAGAAAACCUACUGGUGCGACGAUUGCGAUACAAUUUCCUUGAAGGACGGUGACUGCAAUUGUCACAAUGUCCGUACAAUCGCCGAUCAGCCAGUGCCAUCUCGUGCAGUGGCCACACUUCCUGGUUCCUACCUCUCCCUCACUAAAUUAAACGAUUCACCAAAAGAAGUCUACGGAGUUUUUGCAAAAAGAAGUAUCUGCAGAAGAACACAAUUUGGUCCGAUUGAGGGUGUCCCCUGUGAAUACGAUGGCAAGGGUUUUAGCCCCGACGCUCUGCCACUCUUAUACGAAACUGAGACUGGAGAACUAGUGAAAAUUGAUGUAUCAAACGAGCACUCAUCGAACUGGAUGCGUUUCGUGCGCCCUGCACAGACCCCCAAAGAGCAGAAUCUGAUAAUUUCUCAGCAGAAGGACGGGAUAAUAUUCCUGACAACUCGCAACAUAUCGCCCCGAGAGGAACUCCGCGCAGGUCCGAGUCGAGACUACGCAGCAAGACGCAAUAUUCCCCUCCUGGAGGAUCCGCAGAUGCGGCAAUUCAAGUCAGGAGACCUGGAGAGUUUCUCCUGCCUGGACUCGCCGACACUGGACUUCAACAGCUCAUCACCAGUCGAUCAUUCCGCUCGUCCUGAGCUCGUUGAUCCGGUCCUCAAAUUCACGGGAGAUUCUCACGCCCAGGAUCAGGGUAAGCGGCCAAGAAUUGGCAAGACCAAGCUUCUGAAGACGAUGGACGAACAGUCCCUUCCAUACAGUUGUCCACAGUGCUCUAAAGCCUUUCCACGAAAUGAUUCCUUGAAGAAGCACAUUUUGUCGCACUCGGGCCUGGAAAGCUCGGCCUACGACUGCCCCACCUGCGGUGAAAAUUUUCUCCACUCCUACAAUCGCACCAGACACAUGAAAAUAUUCCACAGCAAUGACGCCAAAGAGAAGGAAAAUUCCCGCAAGAAUUUAACGGAAUACAAAUGUCCAAAAUGCAGUAUAAUCUUCAUGAAGUCAUCACUUCUCGAUCUUCACAGUGAGCUUCACAACCAAAAUAACAACGAAUCAGAUGACUCGAAGCAACUUCGAUGUCCUCAAUGCAAAUACGAUUCAAAGACUCAUUCAGAGCUGAUAAAACAUGUGUCAAAGCAUGGACACAAACAUCAACACAAGAAGCAGAAACAGCAGUUGACUAAAACAUCAAAAGUAUUAUCAUCACACAAAUGUACAAUGUGUUACAAACGUUUUGCCACAAAAGUACGUCUCCAACAGCAUUAUCUGGUGCACGGUGCCGAGGACCAAAAGCCACUGCCAUGCAAUGUAUGCUUCAAACGAUUCAUGAAUAAUUCAGCACUAUCCUGUCAUCUGAAGACCCAUCGUGAGGACAAACAGAUAUUCGAGUGUCCAAUGUGUCGUAAAUUAUUUGAUCAAGUUCUUCAAUUGAAGGAUCACAUAGAGACACAUAGGAACGAGGACAAGACAUUCAGUUGUCCUCAUUGUCCCCGAAUGUUUACAAAAUAUUCGGUUAUUAGAAAACAUAUAAGGGCACAUCACUGUGAGCGUAAGCACAAGUGUCAAUUCUGCAUCAAACGUUUUCCAACUGUCGAUAAAUUACGAAUGCAUCUGCUGAGGCACUCUGAUCACAGACAAUUUCAUUGUGCUCAUUGUGAGAAACAAUUCAAGAGAAAGGACAAGCUUAAGGAACACAUGACGAGAAUGCAUAAUUCCCAGAGAAUGGAGAAUUCCAAAGACCAGAGCAUUACCACUGAUAAUGAUAAUUCAGGACUUCAACAGGGUAAUCAAGCUAAGAAAUUUAUACCAAAGGUCAAUCCCACUGAUUACAACAGAUUUGUGUACAAGUGUCAUCAGUGUCUUGUUGGAUUCAAACGUAGGGGAAUGCUUGUCAAUCAUCUUGCUAAACGACAUCCAGAGGUAUCACCAGAAUCAAUACCCGAAUUGAAUCUACCUAUUUUCAGACAAACGAGGGAUUACUACUGUCAAUAUUGUGAUAAAGUUUACAAGAGCAGUUCCAAGAGGAAGGCCCACAUCGUGAAGAACCAUCCUGGUGCUGCUCUACCUCCCAGCAACAGACAGAAGGAGAUGGUGGGGGAUUUGACGUACAGUCAAGCAGCUGGCAGCAUCACAACAACUCCACAGGGCUGUCAGUGGUGUCACAAACAAUAUGCAAGUAAAGCCAAAUUACUUCAGCAUCAGAGAAAAAAACACUCAAAUCUCAUGGAACCUGCUGAUCAGGUACCAAGACCGAGAAAUCGACCCCAGACACAGAGCCAAGUACAACAGGAUCUCAUCGACAAUAACUUUGUUAAUAAUGACUUCGAAUUCAUUGAAAUUGAAUCGGCUUGUGAUAUCGGUGAGUUGAAAUUUAAACCAAGAAUUAUUAAAAUUAGUAACGAUGUUGAUUUGAUCGGUAUCGAUGGGGGAAUUGAUCCACUUAUUGAUCAACAAUUUGUACGUAUGCGUGACAUACGCUGAAGAUAUUUUUGAAUAGCAUUUCAACAAUUGUUGGAGUGCUUACUGUUGUUUCAAUUUCAUUGACGAGAUAUGAAUCUCGUUUUGGGAAUUAAGCGUUUGUUGCUGAUUGUGAUGAAUGGGCAACGGUUGACGCUUCUAUUGUGAUGGGAUCGUUGGAGAGGGUAACAAGGCUGAGGGGAAGAUGGGGAAUGGAUUUUUGGGAUAUUUCGGAGUUGGCAGGUUGUUGGCGCUGACGGCGAAACGUCAGUGCUCACCCGAUUAUCGGUUUUUUUAGGGAUUUCCUUUGGGUAAUUUCGGGUGCUGCUGUCUCGAAUUGAAGGGAUUUGAUCGUCGGAAAAUACGAAAGAGUCUGAUUGGUGGAAUCACUCGGGGAGGGGAUCGUUCAGUGAUGGAGGGGAAAUUUUUGAUUGAGAUAUUUUUUAUUGAGUUUUUUGGGGCGGAGGAAAUUUAGAGAAUUUCUGGACUUCGGACUUCAUCACUGAAUUGCUCAGUUUCUUUGAUAUUUCACGGGCAAAAUGUCCUCGCUGGAGGAAAGAAAUUGGGGAUUACAAACUCAGAAUCAACAAUUUAAUGAUGACGAAGACUUUUCGUAUCAGCGAUGAAGUGGGGGGAGAGGGGGGGGGCAAUAUGCAUUCGACAUUUUGAUGUUAAAAGGUAUGAUUUUUGGGGCAUCACCUCACCGCUGAAUAAUGUUAUCAAAAAUGGCCAUUUGGAAUUGAAUAAUUGUGUUUUUCUAUCGUGUGACGAGGAUGUCACAUGGAUUUUAAAUAUCUGUGGAAUUAUUUGCAACACUGGCACAACAGAGACGAUAAAUAAUUAAUAGAUUUUCGUUUCAAUGGGAUAAAAUUCAUAAUUUAUGUUUAAUUGAAGGAAAAAAAAUAUCAAACGGGCGUUAGGCCUUAGCGUUGACUUUAUUGAAGGAACAAAAACUCAAAAUACAUAAUAUAUUGAUUAAUUGAUAGUUGAUUAAUUGUAUCGUAACAGUGAUACAGACAGAAAUUAAAAGAACAACUUAAUGAAACGAAUUAUCGAGCUUCAAUAGAACGACGUGGAAGAAAAAAAAAACAUUCUUUUUUCUUUUCAAAAUAUCACUCGAUCGAUGGUCAGUGAAUUUUAUGAAGAGAAUAAAUACAGUGUAAAUGGUGCAUUACUAGGCACUUGACAAUAGGAUGUUGAAACAAUUGUAAUGAAUUUAAUCAAUCGGUCCCAAUCCAGUUUGCCUCUGCCGUCGUUAGUACAGUCUCAUUUCAUUUAUUCUACGAAUCACUAUGUACACAGUUAAAUUAUAAAAAACAAAAAUCGAAUUAGAAUUAAUUUAAGAGGUGAUGAAAUUAAUGAGAAGGUGAAACAAUGUUUCCCAGGGAAAUUUAUCAGUGUCACUUAAAUUAUAAAAGUUUAGGAGUAAACGUGAAUUGAGAAAUAAAAAA